UGGCUCGUCCCUUCUUUGAUGCUUGAGUUGCGUUACCACACAACAGCGAAGAUCGAGCAGUACCUCCUCCGCAGCGCCGCCAACCCGACUCACUCCACCUGUACAAGCAUCGGCAAGUCGGUCAAAGGGCAGCAGUUAUGGGUGUUGGCUCUGGGUGUCAGCCCUCGUCGCCACACCAUUGGAAUCCCAGAGUUCAAAUAUGUUGCGAAUAUGCAUGGAAAUGAGGUCCUGGGCCGAGUGCUUCUGCUCCAGUUGAUUGAAGAGCUGGUGCGAGGUUACCGUGACAAGGAAACAUUGGUGCUGCAGCUGCUGAACAGCACUCGGAUCCACAUCCUGCCGACGAUGAACCCAGAUGGUUUCGAUGAAGCUGAUACACACUGCCUGUUCAGCCAGGGAAGGUUCAACCAUAAUGGCGUCGACCUGAACAGGGGAUUCCCCGAUGCUUUUGCUGGUCUUCGAAAGCAGCGGGAGCUGAAAGAGGAGCAGAGGGAAGCUGAGGUGAGAGCUGUGAUUGGCUGGUUAAAGACGGAAACUUUUGUUUUGUCUGCGAACCUUCAUGGAGGAGCGUUGGUAGCCAGUUAUCCUUAUGACAACAGUGACAGAGGUUCGGAUUUCUUUGGCGCGGCCAGCCUUUCCCCAGACGAUGAUGUGUUUGUUCACCUGGCUAAGGUUUACUCAUACAACCAUGCCUCCAUGCAUCGGGGAAACCUGUGUGACGACACUGGACCUUUCCGGGAUGGCAUAACCAAUGGAUACCACUGGUACCCUUUGGAAGGUGGGAUGCAGGACUACAACUAUGUAUGGGCACAGUGUUUGGAGCUGACACUGGAGCUUUCCUGUUGCAAGUUUCCUCAAGUGAAAGAACUUCCUUCCUUAUGGGAAGACAACAAAAAGGCUCUCCUGGCUUAUAUUCAGCAGGUCCACCUGGGAGUGAAAGGCCAAGUGUUCGAUGGUUCGGGUAAACCGGUGCCAAACGCAGUGGUGGAGGUUGAGGGUCGCAAAAAUAUGUGUCCAUUCAGAACCAACCAACAUGGAGAAUAUUACCGGCUGCUUGUGCCUGGAGUCUACACCUUUAAAGUGAGGUACCCGGGUCAUGAGGUUCUGACAGAAACCCUCAGAGUCCCGUAUGGUCCAGAUCAGUACUCUGCCAUGAAGCAUGACUUCAUGUUACGACACAUCGCCUCAGCGACUUUCCCCGCUCUACCUGAGCCGAGCCCUUCCUGUAAUUACACAGUACACCCUGGAGGAGGUUGUGCCACGGCCGCGUCCAUGUGGAGCAGGCUGACAUUAGGGUUCAGCUUAGUGAUGGUGAUGCAAUCAUUAAUAGACUAACGUUAUCCUGACGGUAAAAAUGGCCUCCAAGGAGGUGGUGGUUAGAAUUACAGUGGCAAUAUGAGAUUGUCUCUAACAAACAAAACACUAGAAGACCAGGAAAGGAAACAGGAAAGAGUUGAGAGGUUACCGAAGGCAUGUUUGGAUACACAGGUUGCUGCCAGUUUAGUGGAUAGAAAAUGUCCGGCAUGAAGUAUAAAGCUGCUUACGGCUGAAGGAAAAGGUGCUGCCAAGUGACGGUCGUCAGUAUAUUUUGUUUUAUUACCAAUUUAUUUAUGACCAGAAAAAGCAG